AUGCCUGAGCGUAGAGGAUCAGUUGAUAGUUUUGACGAAUUUUUCGGAGUUCCCAAAACGAAUGAUAGCCGAAAAAAAUCACCUGUCAAGCCAAAACAGAAUGAAUCCACCGUUUCCAAUAUGGUUAAAAGUCAACCAGUUGUCAAACGUCUUCAAACACCACCGACACCAGAAGAACAAAGGACACCGUCGCCACCACCACCAGUAAAACCAAAAGUAGAUAGUAAGAAAACAUUAGCGAAAACAAACGGUCAUAAAUCAUUAUCGCCAGUCAUGCCAAAACGACCUGAAUCAAGUAAAUCAAAAGUAUAUGAAUCAGAUUUCGAUGAUGACAAUAAUUAUGAGGAUGAAGAAGCUGCGGGUGAUAGCACUGACGAAAGAGGAAAACAUAGUUCACUACCACCACCUAAACAACGUACGUUUGAGGCUCCACGUCGCGGUAGUGACUCCGAAGUAAAGAAAUCCUAUGUCGUCACUACUCAAAAGAAGUCGAAAGCAAACAGCACUCCACGUAACAAUCAUCUACCAUAUAUUCGUCCACAACAACCUCGUCGACCACUUCAACACAAUCGUUCUCGUCACGACAACGCUUCAGCAUCAACUAAAAACGAAGUGGAGCAACGUUUAUUAUCAGCGCAUAACUAUAAAUUAAAGAGUCUUGAAUCUCGUGUUGCAGAACUUCGUCGACAGUUGGAAACUCAACGUGCCGAAAAUUCAACAUUACGUACCAUACAGAAACGUGAAGAAAAAGCUAUUCGAAAUUAUGAAGAAAAGGAAUAUGAUAUACAUCGGAUAGUUCAACAUUACACCAAAGAAGUUGAGCAUAUCAAACGAGUCUUAUCAAGUGAACGUGAAACUAAAGUGAGACUUGAGAAACAGAUCGAAGCGCGCGAUGAAAAGCUACAGGAUCAAACAAAACGGCUGAAACAAUAUGAAAAAAUCGUUCAGGAAAAACAUCUCGACGAACGUUAUGAUCUACGAGAAAAAUUAAAUGAAACAGAUAAGAAAUUAGAAGAACUUCAAGAAAAAUUAAGUACUCAACAAAAGUACAUCGAAAACUUGGAAAAGAACCAUCGGUACGAAGUCAAUCAGGAACUAGCUAAACAACGUGAUUUAAAGCGUGAACUCGAUGUCCGUUCGAAGAAAUAUAAUGAUUUGGUGCAAAAAUUCGAAGAGAAAACACGACAAAUGGAUACUAUGCAUAUCUAUGCUCAACGUGGCGGUUUACGUCCAUCGGAUACGCCUGCAACCUUGGCAAAAUCACGUUCGUUACAAUCGCUCAAUGAGCCAUCACCGCGUGUAAAAGAGAAGACAAUCGAUUUGGAUAAAAAGAAACGUGAACAACACGAACCAGAACGAAAGCCAAAAGCUCGUCAGCAACCACCGCCUCCUCCACCAAAUGAUGAUUCUCCAAAAGGUGAAAAGAAAAAAGUAAUUACAAAGAAAGAACAGCUACCACCACCCGCAGCACCAAUAACUAAGAGUACAUCAUCUAAUGACAGAUCGUCCAAUGUCGAAAAACCUUCGACAACACAAAAUGGUCAUCUACCACCGAAAGGCAAACCUCCUGCUCGUCGGCUAUCAACACCCAUAAGUGUCGAUGAAGUUGAUAGUGAAGUCGAUGAUGAUGACGAUUUCUUUGGCUCAUCGCCGAAAAAGCUACCACUACCUACCACGAAUCAACGCUCCGAGCAAAAUUCGUCGAAUAAAGAUAGUCAAAAGCGACCGGCUGCGCCUGUUCCACCAGCACAUGAUUCAAAAUAUAAAUCAACCGGAACUGGUGGUGACAAAGCACCACCAUCAUCAACAACUCUGAAAACAGUUGACCCACCAGUAGCGUCGAAAUCUCGUGUAACACGCGAUCUUGAUGAAAAAUGGUCGGAUAUGUUCGGAACAAGUAAACAGGAUACUUCAGCAAAAGAAGAUCUCCUCGCAAAAUUAGUUGCUGAUGAACAACAAGAACGAAAGGCGGCCACUUCUUCUCGACCGCCACCUGCAGCAACAACAACCACGGAAAAUUCAUCAGUUCGUACAUCAACGACAACAGCACAUCCAACAACAACAACAUCCGCUGCCAAACCAUCUGUUGAUCCAUUUGAAUCUUUAUUCAGUAACAAUUCCCAAAAACCAGGUGUACCUCGUUCUACUGAUCCUGAGGAUAUAUUUUCGACAAAACCAUCCAAUCAGCCACCUGCUCGACAAAAUCGAAAUGAAUCAUUCGAUUCACUCUUUGGCCCUUCUUCUACAACUCACAAUAACUCAAGUACAAUCACAUCCAACUCGAAACAAAUCCCUUCACAAAAUGACAAAUUACAAAGACCAAAAGUAGUUACCAACGGAACAAGGCCGAUACCAAACAGAACGGUCAUUGAUGAAGUGGAAGAAUUCGUUUUGUGA